UAGAGAAUUAAAAAAUAUGAGCAUAGGGGUUUGUUUGGUCGUUGAAAAUUGGUGGGAGUGAGUGGGUGCUAUAAAGACUAGUAAGUGUUGAACAUUCCCAUCCACCUUGCUCUCAUAUAGGAAUUAAGAAGAAGGAGAUGGGAAAUUGCCAAGCCAUAGAUGCAGCAACACUAGUGAUUCAACAUCCAAAUGGUAAAGUAGACAAAUUCUAUGCACCCUUGAGUGUCACCCAUGUCAUGAAAACCAACCCUGGUCACUACGUUGCUCUUCUCAUCUCCACCACAUUGUGUCCAACCAAGACUCACACCAACACCAACCCUGUUCGCAUAACUCGCAUCAAGCUUCUCAAGCCCUCUGACACCCUUGUCCUUGGCCAAGUUUAUAGACUCAUCACAACUCAAGAGGUCAUGAGGGGUCUCAGGGAAAAGCAAAAGGCAAAGGUGAAGUCAGAAUCAGCUCACAAGCCAGAUUUGGUGAAUGAGAAAGUGGGUUUGGAGAAGGAGAAAGUAGCAAAGAGGCCUGACAUAGAGGACAGCAAGGUAAUUACGAAAACUGAAAGAGCAAGACCAAGGGUAACAACAGGAACUAAUAAUGGUGGCGGUGGCACAGCUAAGACAAGAUUUUGGCAACCCUCUUUGCAAAGUAUCUCAGAGGCUGCCAGCUGAUCUGUGUUUUCAAUGUUACUCACAUGUGCUGUGAGGGACAGAGGAGCAACUGAGAAAGAAAAAAGAGCAAAAAAAAAAAAAAACUCCAUGAUUGCUUUGUCAUGUGGAAAUUAAAUAUAUAGAUAUAUAUAUAGUGCUACACUGAGCUUCAAGGGUGAUCAGAAAUAACUGGGAUCAUAAAAUUCUCCACUGGGUUGGCUCAGCCAUAAUUGUGUAUAGUUUAGUUGACAUAUCCUGUAUCUGUUACUCUUAGUGUAAUUAGCUAUUACUUCCCAAUCAAAUCAACCUUCAUCGUCA